CUGGAGGAGGCGAGACCGUACCCGCAGAGCGUCGCCGAGGGCGGGCUGAGAGGGCGUGGUCGCACUGUAAACUUAGUGGACAGAGGCCGCGGAGGGGGACAGGUCCGGCUCCUCGAGGGCACUGGGGGGAGGAGGUCACUCUGCGGGCCGUGCCCAGCCUUGAAAUCCUUUGGACGCGGGGAGGACCACACGCGAGCAUCGCGGGGCCUCGCAGGCAGCGGUCAGGCUCCCCGAGGACACCGCCCGCGCAGGGCCGUCUGCCAGGCCCGGGAUCCGAGGCCCCGCGAGAGCGCGUGCGCGGUUCCCAGGGCAGCGGGGACGGGGCGCGGCCGGUGACCUCCCGGCGAGACUCCCCCGCACCCCACUCCCAUGGCGGCGGUCCCCGCAGCCGAGCCCGCACCGCCGCCGGCCUGCCGCUUCUUCCUGGAGGGCCGCUGCCGCUUCGGCGCCCGCUGCCGCCAGCCCCACCCAGGGGCGCCCGCGCCGCCUAGCCGCGGGACCGGGAGCGAGGCCGGGAACGAGGCCGGGGCCAAGAAGCCGCCGCUGCGCACGGCCGCGGCCGUCAUCCAGCGCAUCCGCUGGGACCCGCGCCUCGACCCGGCCGACUUCGCGGUGGGCUACGCCGACCGCUUCCUGGGCGUGCGCGAGGAGCCCUUCGCCGCCUUCUGCUGGGACGAGCCGCUGGCGGCGCUGGGGCCCGGCGUCCUGGCCGUGCCGGAGCACCGGGUGCGCUACUUCCGCUUCCGCGGCCGCGUCGUGUGGGACCGCGCGUCGCGCACAGACCUCGUCUUCGGCUCGGGCUCGGCGGCGGGCCGUGGGCCCACCAUCCUGGACGCGCUCGGCGGCGAGGACGCGCAAGACGGCGAGAACGAGCGUUGCGGGCGCGCGCACGACAGCCGUGAGGAUGCCCGCGAUGGCGGCGAGGACGCGCACGGCGACAUUGAGGAUGCCCAGGACGGCGGGAGCGCGCACGAAGGGGCAGCUGCCACUCCCGCUGACACCAGAACAGAACGCCAAGCACCCGACUGCACUGGGCUGGAGGCCAGGGAGCGGCGCAGGGCCAAAGGCCAGGCUGCCCCGCGGACAGAGCUGGAAAGGGCGCUGAAGCCGGCCACCGCGGAGCCACGGGAUGGAGAAGCACAGACAGCUUUAGGACGGGCCCCUGCAGGUUUUCCUGAGACGGAAGUGGAGUGGGGUCCUGGCGCUUGGCCCUCGGAAGGUGGAGAGGCCACUGGAGCCGGGGCCACGGAGCCUCGCCAGCCCCGCCCCACGCAUUUUGUGGCUCUCAUGGUAACUGAUCCUGGGCUGCAGGCUGGGGUGGCCAAAGCCCAGGAAGAGUUGGUUCAAGCUGCACCCUCGUGCGCUGCGUUCCUGGUGCCCGCAGGGGCCCUCCACCUGACACUGGCCCUCCUGAGGCUCACAGGCCCUGGGGAGGUAGCCGCCGCAGUGGGCGCACUCAGACGUGCGCUCUUGGCCCCGGGACUUCAGGCACCCCCGCAGCUGACUUUUAGGAGCCUGCUUCUCCUGGGGCAGCAUGUGCUCUGUGCCCCACCUUCCCCCUCUCUGCAAGCUAUGGCCCAAGUGCUGAGUCAGAGGCUGGAAGCUGAGGGGCUCAGAGUAGUAGGGCCCCAAGGGGGGCUGCACCCCCACCUCACACUAGCCAAGGUGCCCCACGGUUCUCAAGUCAGCCUCCCUGAGCCUGGGUUCAGCCCAACGCAGGAGCUGGGAAGCCAGGCCCUAGGGGAAGUCUGGCUGUGCCGCAUAGGCAGGGCAGGGGACACCUACCAGCCCCUGGCUGAGCUGCCCCUGGGGUGAUGGUCCCCUCCGACGUCUCCAGGAGACCACUGUCGACCGGGAGAACCUGGAAAGAUCCCGCCCAAGCAGGAAAGGACAAAGUGCUCUCUCUCUCUCUCUCUCUUUAAUUUUGGUUUCUCUCAAGCUUCCAAAUGGUGCUCAGUGAUCCAAGGAAAGAAUGAAGGAAGGAGAAGGGAGGGGAGAGGGAAGGGAGGGGAGGCAGAGGAGGAACAUCUGGAAAAAAAGCAGCCUGACAGUCCAGCUGUUUGCAAACUCAUCGCACAUCCUCCAGUUACAUGGCAGAAGAGGGGGAGGACCAAAAAGAAAAAGGGGAGGAAGAAAAAUAACUUAAAUAAACACACACAAAAAGAAAAGAGAAGGAAA